ACGCGCGUUGCGCGCGCUCCCGGUCACCACUUAUACUCCGGCGGAAUGGGAGCUUCCCGCAGUCGUAGUCCCACGAGUUUUAGAAGGGAUGAAUCCAUUGGCGAAAGGCGAUUUCUCUGGACAAGAGCUGGCACGGGCAUCACGGUAGCCUAGCAACUGGCGGGAGGCUGCUACAGCUUGGGGUGUUCUGGAGUUCAGAGUUCAAUUCCGGUGCCGUCUGUAAGGGGUCUCUGGACAUCUCCUCUGUGGAGUCCGUGGGAAUCCCUAGGUGCUCUGGUUUCUUCCCACAGCCCAAGGACCUAGUGGAUGCCAGCCGCUGUAUAUUGAGAGUGGAUUUUGAGCAUCUUUUGAGUGAUAUGGUGUGAAUUGACAACGGCUGAGGACAUUAGGCAUGGCUUCCUUUAAGCAGCAGAAGGUGGAGGAGUUUUAUGAAAUAAGAGAAGAACUGGGAAGUGGCCAGUUUGCGAUUGUGAAGAAGUGCAGCAAGAGAAGUGACGGGCUUGAAUACGCAGCAAAGUUUAUCAAGAAACGGCAGGUCCGAGCCAGUCGGAGAGGAGUGAGACGCGAGGAAAUCGAGCGGGAGGUGAACAUCCUGCAGCAAAUCCAGCACCCAAAUAUUAUCACCUUACAUGACGUCUAUGAGAACAAAACUGAUGUGGUCCUCAUUCUGGAAUUGGUCUCUGGAGGGGAACUCUUUGACUUUCUCGCUCAGAAAGAAUCUUUGAGUGAAGAAGAAGCAACAGCGUUUAUUAAACAAAUCCUAGAUGGUGUGAACUACCUCCAUUCUAAAAACAUCGCACACUUCGACCUCAAGCCUGAAAAUAUUAUGCUUCUCGAUAAGAUACCUGUGCCACACAUCAAAUUGAUAGACUUUGGCCUUGCUCACAAAAUCGAAGAUGGAGUUGAGUUUAAAAACAUCUUUGGGACUCCUGAAUUUGUUGCUCCAGAAAUUGUGAACUAUGAACCUCUUGGGCUACCUGCAGAUAUGUGGAGCAUUGGUGUCAUUACAUACAUUCUGUUAAGUGGAGCCUCCCCUUUCCUCGGUGAAACAAAGCAGGAAACUCUCGCCAACAUCUCUGCAAUGAACUAUGAACUUGAUGAAGAAUUCUUCAGCCAGACAAGCAAUCUGGCAAAGGACUUCAUUAAAAACCUUCUGGUGAAAGAUACAAGGAAAAGGCUGAACAUAAAAGGUGCUCUUUCACACCCAUGGAUAAUGCCAACAAACAAAUGUCAAGCUCUCGUCAGAAGGGAAUCUAUUGUUAAUUUGGAAAACUUCAAGAAGUUGUACAUCAGAAGGAGGUGGAAGCUUACGUAUAGGAUUGUUUCAUUUUGCAAUCAUUUGACUCGUUCAUUCCUUAAGAAAGAUCAUCUAAAGAAAGAAGCAGCUCUGAGGGCAUACGAAAGUGACAGUGAAGACAAUGGUGUCAAGAGAAGAGUGUCCAGGCCAAGGAGACGCAGCAGCACGUCGUAGGGCAACAUCGAGGAGGGCAAGCCCGAGGGGAGGGCAGGUUUAUCACUGCACUGCGUUAGCAUUAACAAACCCGAACCUGUUUCAGAGGUACUUCCGCCAGUUCAUGUUUUGGACCCAGUGAAUGGACAAAGACACUUCUAGUGGGAGACUGUGCUUACAAACAGUCAUGCUUUCCUUAAUAAGGCACUCGGAGAAGAAAAGUGUGCAAUAUAUAUAUUUUUUUGAACAAUUCAUUGUAAUAUUUUUGUUUCUGCCUAGACCUUCGUUUGUAAGGAUUUUUAAAGUCUGGUCUUGCUCUGUUGCUGUUCUUGUAAUCACACCAACAUUCACAUCACAGGAACAGUGAGAGGCAGUUGACUGCCGAUGUGAAUGACUCCUCAUUUCGGGAAUGCCACUGUGGAAAUCCAGGUGGCAGUCAAAAAUGUGGCCACAGGGAAAGAGGGGUGGGGGAGAAGGGGAAGAGAUAAAUAAAUUGGUUUUGUAAGAUUCUAUUAAAAGUAUUCUACUGACAAAGGCAUGGCAUUUCAUUGUGGGCGGGUAUUGGAAUAAUCCUGUUGCAAGAUGACUCCAUAGAUUCCUGUGUUGCCAUGUUAAGGCAGACUCAACUGCAGUCAAGUGUAGAUCACAAAUUCAUGGAAGGACGUUGGUAAAAGGGAGUCAGGGAGAUGUGAGGUCACAUUUGUUGCUACUAACGUUUAUUUUUUAUAUAAUCAUAGCUUUAGGGGGUUAUAGAUUUAAACACAGUACACUGAAACAGGCAGUUUUAUUUGGUGCAACAUAAUGCUUAUUGCAUCAGGUCUAAAACAAUAAGAGUUUUGAAAGUCAGAUAAACUAACACUGGUGUGUAUAUGAUGUCAAAAGACUGGCAAAUUCAAAGUGACGAGCAGUAUGUUUUCCAUUGAAACAUGCUUGGACACUGUUGGGGAGGAAUAGGUUAAAAUCUAGAUAAAGCUAAAGGAAUUAUCCUUAUUGAUGACUAUGUGUGGUAAUCUGCUCUCAGCCCAGGGUUUCAGUCACUGUAACACCACACACAAUUCUCCUGCCUGACGCCUUACCUAGUGAAUUGCCAUUUCUGCCUCCUUUUAUUUAAAAAAAAAGUCCAGCUGCGUUAAUAAUGUCUGCAACCCUCCACCCUAAAUCUUAGAGGUGGCACCUAUUAUACAUAUUUUCAAAAAUGAAUUAAAUAGACUUUGUAUAAUUAUCUGAAAACUAAAUUGUUCCCAAGUACACCAUUAAGUUAUGGGCACUGAAGUGUCCAGGCACUUAUUUAUUCAAUAAGAAGGCACAUGGAGUAUAACUAUUAAUAAAUGAAAAUAGUUCUGUGUAUCCUCAUACUCUGCAGGUCUUUACAGGAUUAGCAGAAUUACUCUUCCUCUCUCGACACCUGGGCUGUGUUCAAACUCCCUGCUUUUACUUAAUUCAGUCAGUGCCUCAGACUUGCAACUUUUUGCAUCAGAAGUCUUGGGUUGUUGGACAAUUUCCAAAUCAUUCGGAGUCUAAAAUGAACAUGUCUCCUUAAGGCAUUUGCUAUUUUCAAGUAGAUUUAUGCAGCAUAUUCUGAUUUACUUAGGACUACUUUCUGAACAGUGAGAGAGUGAGAUCCCAUGAGGAAAUUAGCACAUUUUUUUUUGCUUUCUGAUUGUAUUUGUCAAAUUGUGUCAACCUUAGGGGCACAUCACAGCUGAAUUUUUAAAAAAACAGUUACAUAGAAAUCGAGAAAAGGUUCGAUGCUCACACGUUCUACAAGGUUGUAAUUUGGAGAUGGGCCAGAUGGCAGAUGCUGGAAAUCAGGGGUAAUAUUACCACUGGAGGAACUCGGCAGGUCAAGCAGCACUGGUGUGGAGGAACGGAGUUGUCGGCGUUUUGCAUCAGGACUGAAAGGGGAGAUGGCCAGUAAUAAACAGGUGAGAGGGAGAGGUGAUACAGGGACCAGUAAGUGAUUCGGAUACUGAGCAGUGGGGGAGAAGGAUGGGCAGAUGGAGCAGGGAGAGAGAGAGAGAGAGAGAGAGAGAGAGGGGUGGAAAUGGGAGACAGAGGCAGGUGGCUGAUGGGCAGAAGCAGGAAUCUGAAUUGGCCCAAAUUUUAAAUAAAAGUUGACAUCACUUCUUCUUGUGAUCAGUUAGGUUGAUGUAACUGAAUCUAUAUAGUCAUGUUAAAAAUCUUAUUUUGAAUGAGCUAAUUUCAACCAAGUUUAAUAUUAGGACUUGAAAGGGAAAAUGGGAAUUCUGACCCUUAAUGGGAAUCUUACAGUAGUUGACACUGUGGGAGGAAAGUAAGGAAAUGCUUGCAUGUAUCACACCUCCCAUCAUGUUGCUACAGGCUUCACAUUCAAUUAAUGAAUGUGAAGUAACUGUUGUAACGUGAUUAAAAACAGUAAUCAAAUGUAGUAUUCAGCAAAAUUAUUGGAGGUAGACUCACCAUUGUACGACCUGCUGAGCUUUGGAUCUGAAGAUUCGGAAAGGAAACGUGCUUCACGGACAUGUUCCGGCCUGUGUGGAACACUGUGCUAACAUGUCAGCAACACACAAAGUCCUGGAGGAGCUCAUCUCCGACAUUUCCUGCUGGAGGCAUGUUAUGACACUCUAGUUAUCAGCACCUUUUAUAGAUGGCAGCUAGGUACCGCGGUCUGACAUUGCUACUAGACUGGCAUUGCAGGCCUACACCAUUGAAGCAGGAGCCUCGGGUUUGAACCCCUCCAUGUUAGAUGGACAAUUUAAAUUAAAAUCACUAAAGCCUGAUUUAUACUUCUGUGUCAAAUGUACGCCGUAGGGUGACAUGCACCUCCCCAAAAAAGUAACUCACGCGUCGCAGCGACGCAGACCACAACAACUGUGAUUGGUCCGCUUGGUAGCAUCGCAUUUCCAGUUGCUUUUCUCCAUCGUGUCUAUACACUGAUACGAAAUAAAUGGUUGGAGACGGUGAACCAAAUCGUCAAAUCUACCUGCUGACAUCCGAAAAUAUUUGAAAUGCAUUUCCUCGUCCAUGUCUCUCACGAAGAAACUCAACACAGUGGCAUAGAAACCCCACCACCAACUAGUGUUUUGGUGGUGAAUUGCAGAGUAACUCAGACACAAAUACACAUGCUCGCUACGGCGUAGGACUACGCAAAAGUAUAAAUCAGGCCUACGGCGUAGCCUGUACGCACAAGUAUAAACAGGCUUAAGGCUGGAAUAUAAAGUGAUCAUAAAGUAUCUGAAAGACUCGGGUUUAUUAUAUCGAAUAUAGGGAAUGCAAUUCUUUUCCCUUCUGUUUAUUCAACGAUCCACACUCCAGUCUAGCAGGUGGCGGUAAUGCACCUUAAAGCUGGUUUGCCAACCGCCAUAAAACAACACAAGAAGAAGAAGAAGAAUAUAAAGUGACUCCUCAUAACAGUGACCACAGAACCACAAGCACCCAGCUGGUUCAUUAAUAUCUUUCAGGGAGGAAAACCUGGCAGCUCUCAGUUCAGGGUCAGUUAGGGAUGGACGAAGAAAGACGGCAUCUCCAUCCAUGAAUGAAUAAAACAAAAAUCAUCUUGGUUAAAGGGGCAGUGCAGGUUUUGUCCCUGGCUACUAGGGAUAGAGUUGUUCCACUGUCCUCUGGGCUGUCUGAGGUCCCCGUGCAGUUCCAGAAAGGAGAUGGAAGAUGGGUAAGAUGGGAGCUGAUUCCAUUCCUAGAACACACAGACAGGACUGGAGGGAGUCAGCAAGUCAGGCAGUUAUCUGUGGAGUGGAAGAAGCAGUCAACAUUUCAGGAUGAGACUUUCCAUCACGACUGGAAAGGAAAAGAAGCCAGAAUAAAAAGGUGGUGGGAGGGGAGUGGGAGUACAAGCUGGCAGA